GGGAUGCUGCGUGUGUUGGCAUGGACCAGUGCGUCAACGGCUGUUGCCUCACACGAACCGCCGAAAUUAUAGUUAGUGACCCCCAACGGAUACUCUGAAAUAUACUCUCGAUUAUACACCGUUGCGCUAUACACCGAGGCGAAACUGCCACUUUCGUUCUGCUCGCGGACGAUGAAGAUAAUCCGGGAGUGCCGCUAACGAACCGCCGAAGAGGUCCCUUCGGGAUCACUCAAGGGGGGACCGUCGUAGACCAUCUCCCAAGUAUGGCCGAGUGAUCUUGACGAGGCGUCUCGAGAGAUCAUUCCCGGUUAUUAGUUUGUUGGUGAAGUGCUCGAUGAUUCAGUGUUGGACGAUAACGUACGUGAUAUCGUGUAACGUUUCAUCGGACGAUAAGGGCUUGAAACGCGAACAUAUGUGAAAACGUCAGAAAGAUGUUACUUUGUUACUGAUGCAGUUAUUCGAGUGCUACGAGUGGGUUAAGAAAUAUCUCUCGACAUCAGUGACUGAGAUAAUUAAUACAGCGCGCUGAGUGUUAGGUGGAAAUUUGGAUGAACACAAUCGUCUUGCAGUAUUUCAUCGAAAAUUUACAAUUUUUACAAAUACCUAUUAUUCACAUUACAUCAAGCAAGAAUAAUGAUCUUCGUCGAUUCAUUCAUCACAAACAUUAAGAUAAAGAUGACAAAGAAUCUAUCGUCGAAUUUAUACUACGAUGCAUAACUCUAUGGAAGAACACGAAGAGACGCUGCAUGCUGUCAGAUCGAAAAUUCGCCUCGUCGCUAUCAUUCGAGGUGACAGUUACUAGAUCUCUCAACUACACCCCGAGCACAAGUCAUUGAUUGUUGAUCGCUUCGCGCUCGCCUCGGGAUUUCAAGGGAGAAGCUGUAUUUUCACGAAGAACACCAGGCCUUUGAGCCUGAUCCGCGAGAUCAUGCGCCGCUGAAGAAUGCUCGUGAAACUUUCCUGGCACAGCGAGUGAACCGAAUGGAAGGAUGUUUCAUUCGGUGCUUUGACUGCCUAUGGAUAUAUUCGGCCGUUGCAACGGCGGCGGCAGCGGAAGCACGGUAGCCGGAAGCGGUGCUGGCUCGGUGAGGACGUCCAGCAACGAGUCCGCUGGUGGUGGCGGCACGUCGAGCGGCGGUACCAGCGAGAGCGGCGGUAGCGCGAGCAGCAGGAUGCAGUUGACAGGAGCCUCGGCUCCUGGUGCAGCUGCCUCGCCGGAAUCGGGCGUCUCACCGUUGACCGAUGCUUACACCAAGAUGACCAGCGACAUCCUCGCCGAAAGGACUCUGGGCGACUUUGUCAGCGAGCAUCCCGGCGAGCUGGUCAGAACAGGCUCGCCGCACUUGGUCUGCACCGUCCUGCCGACGCACUGGAGAUCCAACAAAACUCUUCCGGUGGCUUUCAAGGUUGUGGCCCUCGGCGACGUGGGCGACGGCACCCUCGUGACUGUUCGUGCUGGCAACGACGAGAACUGCUGUGCCGAGCUUAGAAAUUCGACGGCUCUGAUGAAGAAUCAAGUCGCCAAGUUCAACGACCUGAGGUUCGUCGGCAGAAGCGGAAGAGGCAAGAGCUUCACCUUGACGAUAACGGUGUCGACAACGCCGCCGCAAGUCGCCACUUAUACCAAGGCGAUCAAGGUGACCGUGGACGGGCCGCGUGAGCCACGAUCCAAGACCAGUGAGUAUCACUUGCUGUCUCUUUUAGGGCAGCAACAACAGUUUCAUGCUUUCGCAUUCGCUUCGCAACGAGGUGGUCCGUUCUUCGCCUCACCGUUAGUGGACCCAUUGCAACCUCUGCCAAAUCCGUUGCAACCGUUACCGAAUCCGCUCCAGCCGAGGGAUCCGUUAUCUUCCUUCAGACAUGCGAUGCCUGGUAAUUGUCAGAAUAUGUCUCAGUUCGGCCUGACAGCGAGCAAUUCCUGGGGGUACGGCAGCACGGCCGGGUACGCCGGUUACCUUCCGGGUCCCCUGUCGUCGUGCGCCGCACAGGCAUCGUUUCCGCCCCCGCCGCCACCUCCACCACCACCUCCGCCGUCAUCCACGUUAGCAUCCUUCGCAGGCACGGCCUCAAUGAGCACCCCGACGGCACCGGACUCGACGGCGGGCUCGACCGUCACAUCCGGCACCAGCAAUACCGGUUCCACGCCGCAGCAGGACGCCUUCUCCGCCGUUUCCUCUCUCGUACCCGACACUACGACGCCGGGCCAGUCUGAUCCCUUGGACCCGCUGAGCAGCCUCAUGUCUGGCGGCUCCACCAGCCAAAGGUAUCAGGACUACGUGUCUCCCAGAUCGCUAUCUACCGACUCCAGCACGACCGAGAGCCCGGUGCACGAGGAGCAGGGCUUCGGACAAAAUUAUGGCAAUUAUUUCCCGACACCCGGCGUUCUGCCCAGCAUCCUCUAUUCCCAGCUAUACGGGAACCAAUUCCAGAAUUCCGAGAGCGCUGAGCAGAGGGCCGUCGCGGACAGCUGCAGCGUCAGGCAAGAGGAGGUCAGACCGGACAACAACGUCUGGAGACCGUACUGAGAGGCGAGGACAAAGGAUUUCCUACUGAUCGAUUCGGCUAUCGAAAAGCUGGGUGGCUCCUGAAAGACGAGAGGAAAGUAACGCUCAACGGAUCGCUCUUCAGGGUAUCGACUGCCGCGACGAAGUCGCUGAUGAUUGUGAUGUGACGUGGGUGAUUCAUUGAGCACUAUCGAAGUGUCGGGUCUCUCGAUGGCUAGAACUAGAACUAGUGGGCAUUAACAAAACUCGAUCCGGAAACGACUCGAGGCGAGUCGCGGGGAACGCUUCUUCCGGACAGCUAUUUCCGGAAAAUAAAAUUUCUUUUACCGGUUGUGUCUCACGCCAACGAAUCUUAGGGGAGUGAAUGAGGCGGAAUGUGGGGGAAGAUUUGUAAUUAAGUGAGAACGGAGUGCCAGUGCGUGCGAAAGAGAAAGAAAGAGAGGGAGGGCGAAAGAGAGAGAGAGAGAGAGAUAGAGCGAGUGUGAGUGUGUGAAAGUGGUGGAUGACGAUGAUGAUGAUAAUAAUGAUAUCGACAGGAUGUAUAUACGUGUACAUAGUUAGACCAUUGUCGUUUCAUCGAAUCAUUAUCCGCUGUCGUUUCAAGCGACGCGACGACGCGCUAAUUUAUUUCAUCGAUUACGUUUUCAUAGUAUAAUUGCGAUCGACUGCUGCGGGAUCGUGCAAUAUCGUCAAGGCUGACGUCGAUGAUCAGCUUUCUUUCCUUGUAAAUACAUAUAUCUUCCUCGUUGCGCGUUCAGUUUUCCUUCGAUCUACGUUUUACCCUAAAAAACACUUUUCGGACUGAAGAAAUUCGCGCUUUCGGCAAGGUAUUUGCGCAGCGACUCUCAGUUAUCUCGGAAAAUCGCCCGAUUUGCGAAAAGCUGUCACGUGCGGUCACGUUCGGGUCGAGCGAUAAAAUCGAAUGAGAUUCGAUUCGUGCGAGGUGAAAAAGUUACCCGUCGUGCGAAAAUGUUGCCGCGGGAGGUACGCGGGCGGCGAAAAGCUCGCAAGUAUUCAACGAACGAAUGAACGAACGUGCAGUCGUACCGGCAUCGAAGAUUUUACAUCGAAAUUUCCGCCGAAGAAACGAAAGCUCGAGGAACCACUCGCGAAAUGGUUUCGCGAAAUGGUUUCGCGAGAAGCAUCGCGCCGCGCCGGCUAGAAGCUUAUCGGUUUUUGCAAGCCGGCACCGAGCAUUCUGCGUUUCCGAAAAUGAUUUCCGAUAUACAUAUCUACCAAACUAUUGUUAUCGUAGUUUUUGACCGAGUCGAAGUAAAAGUGUAUUUCAAAAUAUGA